CCGCGGAGCCCCGGCGCGGGCGGCUUCGCCGGGGAGCGAGGCGCGGAGCCAGGAGGCGGCGCCGCGGGGUGGGAGUGCGGAGCGCGGGGCCGGGCCCCCGCCUGGGCCUUCACGCUCCAAAGACGCCGAAGAACUGAGCCCCCUGCCCACCACGGCUGCCCCAGGAGGUGGGGCCAUGGCAGGGCAUGGCUGUCUGGGGCUGGGGCUAUUCUGCUGGGUCCUGCUUGCUGCUCCUGUGGGUCCCCAGCCUGCCCCCUCUGCCCCAGCUGCCCCUCUCACCACUCUGACCCCACCACCUCAGAGUGAGGCCUCUGUGCUGUCUCUCAACCUGGGACUUAACUUCAAAUUCCACCUUCGGGGACCUGCUGCUGUCUGGGGGAGCCCUGUCACAGAGACCCAGCCUCUCUCUCCUGGGCCAGGCCAGGAGCCAGGGGAAGAAGUGGCCGGUGGGCUGAGGACUGACCCCCUUUGGGAACUGCUGGUGGGCUCCCCCGGGAACUCUAUCCCAGAGUGGGGUUCUGCUGAGGGCAGUUCUACACCCUGGGUCUCCUCCCUCCCUCGGGAGUCCACAACCCCCCUGUCUAGGACCUCCGACCGGCCCACUGCUCCCUAUCAGCCCAGGAUGGGCACUGUGACCUGGGACACUGUUCUGACGGCCACAGCACCUCCAUCCAAUGCUCCCAGGCCCCACCAGAGCGAACUGGAGCUGAAGUUUGACAUGGCACUGAGGGCAGGCGCAGCCCCCACACGCGGGCAGCGGACACUACCCCUGCUGCCCAGCCUGCGGGCCAGCCUGGCAGAGCUUGCCGGGCGCCUGGGACCCUUUGGGUUCUUUGGCACAACUCUGUCCCCACUGCGGAAUGUCUCAGGCCUGAGCCCCCCAGGCGAGACUACAGCCCCGAGCUCUGCUUCUGGAGUUUCGGUUUCUCCAGGGUUUUUGGGCACCACUCUGUCCCUGCCCCGGUUCCCUCUGGAGAGGAAGCUCUCCAGCCCAAGCCCACUGGAUCCAGCUGCCUCCCUAAGCUUGGCCUCAAAUGCAGCAACAAACCUAGACCCCACCAGCCCCACCUCUGGCCAAGACGACCCCUCUCCCGGCAGCCUUGGGGACCCUUCAGGGCAGCCAGAGUGUGGCCCAGAGUCCUGCGCCGCGGGAGACUCGCCUGAACGCGAGGGGCAGCCUCCUGCGGCCCCGCUGCCCCUCUUCCUCCUGACCCUGGAGGUCGACUGGGCAGAGGCCAGGGCUCGCUGGGGGCUGGCCUGGGAGGCCCACGUGUACGGGGUAGGCGCGCUCUUCGGCCUGGUGGCCUUGCUGGCCCUGCUGGCGCUGGCCCUCUUGCCCUGGCGCUGCCCUCCCGGCGCCCCCUGCCUGGCGCUGCUGGACCUGCUGCUGCUCUCCGCCGGGGCCACGCGGGCCUUCCCGCUCUUCUACGACGCCUACGGGCACAGGGACCGCCUGCCUGCGCUCGCCUGGC